ACAAAUUCGCAUGAAGUGUGGAACAUCAAGCGCUACGAGCCCAGCAAUGCAAGGAGGAUGUCGGCAGCACCUCCUCGCUGUCUUCUUGUCCACUAUGUUACUCGUGUGCUGUGGGGACACUAUGCCUGCUCAUCGCAUUGCCCUGUCCUCGCGACUUCCGGUCAGUCCCACCAACGCCACGGCGGCUGGUCGCGUGCAGCUGCAGAACUACGGCAACGUGCAAUACGUGGGCGAGUUGUCGUUUGGCAGUCCACCACAGGUGCUCACCGUUGUCUUCGACACUGGAAGCAGCGACACGUGGAUUCCUGGCAUGUCGUGCACAGAGUGUGGCUUGCACAGCGCGUUUGAUUACACCCAAUCGUCGACAUUCCAAGACACGCACGAAAAGUUUCUCGAUUCGUAUGGCAGCGGCGAGGUCGGCGGCGUCAUCGGCGUGGAUACGAUCGGGUUUGGUCCGUUCGUCGUGCCAAACGUUCGCUUUGGGGUCGUGACAGAGGAGACCGAGUCCCUUGGGAUGUUUAUUGCGGAUGGAUUGGUGGGUCUUGGCUUUGAAAGCCUGGCAAAGAUAAGCCGGCCGACGUUGUUUUCGACAUUGGCGGCUCAAAAUGCGGGCGUGAACAACAUGUUUGCCAUGUACAUGACGGCCGAGCCCAACCAAGACGGGUCGGAGCUGCAUUUGGGCGGGUACGACUUGAGCAUGGUUGGCGACAAUGCAUCGUGGCACUUUACCCCGACGGUCAAACUGCCAGAUUUUGACACGUUUACGUACUGGGCGGUCCAAAUGAACGGCUUUUCAGUUCGAAACAACUCGGACAACCACUGCGAUCCGUUUUGCUAUGCAAUUAUCGACACGGGCACAUCCUUGAUUAGCAUCCCCGAUACGCAGUACACGGAGAUCGUCGAGGCCAUCACGGCGGGCUUGGCAUGCGAUGGCCUCGUGUGUCAUGACGUCAGCUUGGCUAGUUUCCCGCCGCUCAAGUUUGGCAUGGCGCCAGACAACAUCUUCACGCUCGACCCUCGCGAUUACAUCAACUGCGACACCCGCCACACUUGUCGCAUCCAAUUCCAAAACUCGGGGGACGAGGCGUGGUGGGUGCUCGGAGAUGUGUUCAUCAAGACGUACUACACGCUCUUUGACGCACAGAACCUCCGUGUGGGCUUUGCCUGCAACGGAGACGUGUGCAAAGGCGGCCGCGGCGGCGUACGCGGCAGCGACGACGACGGCGCGUUCGACAUGUGGGAGGACGUGUUCCUGUUUGGGUCCGUGUGUGCCGCGGCGUCGCUGCUGCUGUUUGUGUUUUACAUGCACCAGCACCACCUGCCGUCGUUGGAGCCGAUGCCAACCCCGCCCCAUGGUCGUCCCGACAUGGACGCCACUCACGUUGACAUCAAGUCGCCUCUUUUGACGAUGGAGCAGUUCCGCAACCUCAACACACCGCCCGUGGUCACGUCGUAUGCCGAAGCAAGACGAAACUACAGCCAGCUGCCAACCGUCACAUCCCCAGCGAAACCACCGGCGGCUGUAAAGAUCACUCGUUGAUUCACCAGUCGAGAAUUCGGGCAUCUCAUCAAGCAAGGAGAAAUCAAAGACCUGAGAGGAAACGGUGCUAACGUUAUAGUCCAAAGUUGAUAGUAUAUUUUGCGAAAAAAGUUACUUGCCAUUAUGUAUCUGUACGUACAUACCUAUAGAAGAUUCAUAAAACCAUAUGUACAUACAGUAGUAGUAUAACAAAUACCACGCGUAAUACUAACGUGUCCAUCGCGACGGGACCAACCAUCAUGAAAAUGUGUAGCGUCAUGAUAAUCUAGUCGUCUUCGUAGUCCGAGCCGGCAUCGCCGCAGCUGCUGCUGUCGUCCGCCAAAUCGUUGACUUGUUCGAUCAAGAGGGCAUCGCCACAUUCAUCGCCAAGGUCUUCGUCAUCGUCGUCGUCGCUGCCCGACUCGACGUCGUCGUCCCCCAUCGAGUCCAUCGUGUCCAUGCUGUUAAAGUACGCCAUGACCAGAGUCCGUUGCUCGUUACAUGCUGCUUUCGCGGCCAUGAAGGUGGUCACAGGCGGGUCGGAGGUCAUCACAAUCCACUUGACCAUGUCCAAAUGACCAUGACGGGCAGCCACAAUCAAGAUAUCUUCGGAUACGUUCCACUGCGAACACGACUUCACAAAGUACACAAAUAGAGGCAGGUGGCCAGACGCAGCAGCCGACACAAGUGCCUCUGACACAUCGCAUUCCACCGCACAGGUGGUCACGAGCCACUCGGCCAAGUGUUGUCGACCGGCAUCCGCUGCCCAGGUCAACGCAUGCGGCGACACGUGGAUCUGCCGUUCGUAGUAUAGCCAUUGUACGACCUCCAGAUGGCCAUUGCGGCAGGCUCCAUCCAUGGCCUCGGUCGUACACCCUUCCUUGCGGUGCUCGCUCAACCAUUUCACAACGUCCAAAUGUCCAUUGAUUGCCGCACCAUCCAUCGCUCGCACCGUGCACGGGAAACCCUCGUGGUGCAAGUAUUUCACCACUUCCAAAUGUCCAUUUGUGCUCGCGUCGUCGAAGGCCGACAACGGCUGGUGGCCAUUCGAUUUGGGCACCAGAUAUUGCACUACGGCCAAAUGUCCAUUCGUUGCCGCGCCCACAAGCGCCGUGUCCGGGACGGCCGUGACGCCGCCAAGGCGUAUCGCGGUGUGCAGCAACGCCAAAUUUCCCCGAGUAGCCGCAAACACUGCUACAUCGACGGUUGCGUCCACUCGCGCUGAGUGGUUGUCCACCAAAGCAUACAUGGACUCGAAAGAGGAUGCGUCCAGUUUCCAUGCGCAGCUUUCCAACGCAUCAACCGACGGGCGGUGUCCGUGCGUCAAGAGAAACUCUACCAAAUGCGUGUUGCCAUUGCCGACCGCAGCGUCGAUCGCACGUGAUGACGACGACGCGUGACCAUAAGCCACCAAGAACUGGACCACGUCGGCAAAGUUGUUUUGGCUCGCGCGGUCCAUCGCGGCCUCGGUACACCCCUCGGUUCGAUUCUCGUGCAGGAAACGCACGAUUUCCAAAUGGCCACGACUCGCCGCGCCGUCCAUGGCGUCGUGCGUACACCCUUCGUGCCGAUGUGUGUGUAAAAACGUCACAACGUCCAGAUGGCCUCGAGUCGCCGCCAAGUCCAUCGCGUCAGUGGAACAGCCUUCCGUGCGAUGGGUAUGCAAAAACUUGACCACUUCCAAAUGGCCAUUGGCCGCCGCGUCGUCCAUGGCGGCCAGCGUGCAGCCGGCGGUGUUGUUCGCAUGGAGAAACUCGACAAUGGACAAGUAUCCUUUGGCAGACGCCACGUUGAUAGCCUUGACGGACGCUGUGGCCAGAGGUAUCUCGUGCAACAACACCACGGCUUCAAGAUGACCGUGGACGGCGGCGGCAUCGAUCGCGUGGUGCUGGCUGACCACUUCUGGGUGUGCCUGCAAGUUCCGCAGCACCUCCACGCGGUUCUUCGACGCGGCAGUGUCCAUGGAUACCGGGCCCCAGUUCUUGAUGGGAGUUUGCAGCAGGAAGUGCAUGACGUGGGCAUGGCCGUGAUUCGCAGCGGCAGAUAGCGCGCGCCACGACCGACUGCCCCGAGAGUACAACCACAUAACCACAUGGAGGUGUCCACCCGCAGCCGCUGCGUCCAUCGCUUUGUCUUCGAAUGAAUCCUGGCGAUGGUUAAAGAGGAAAUCAACAAUGUUGAGGUGACCAUUGGCGGCGGCGGCAAUCAUGGCCGAGGUGCUGUCACGGUGAUAACAUUCCAAGAAUUUCACGAUGGGAAGGAAUCCAUGCCGAGCCGCCUCGUGUAGAGCAUGCGGAGUCUGGCCUCGGUGACGAAUGGUGUGCAAGUACUCAAGCGCAUCGAGAUGGCCGGACCAGGCCGCGUAGUCGAGGAGGAAGUACGGGCAUGCCAGGAGCACAUUCAACUCCUUGUGCAGGUACUUCAGCAACGGGAGGUCGCCACUGAUGGCUGCGUGGAGUGCAACAACGUGUUCGAGAUGGGGUAGACAAGAGAGCAAGAGCUUCACUCUGGAUGUCUUGUGGUGGGUAAGCCAUGGUGCAAGGGCACCUUCAACGGGUUUCCAGGUCUCGACCAAGUCGUGCGAGUCGAAGAAAGGGACCUUCAGACAAGCCAGGUCCCGCAUGUCGUAGUACAGUCCUCGUUGGAACGCGGUGAUGUGCGUGAUCACAUUGGGGUUCUGAAACACGUCCAUCGCGGCGCGCGGCUUCAACUGGCGCGGCACUUUCAUUGCACUCGCA